AUGAAGUACUGGACCUGUCUGCCCCGGGAGGCCGUGGAGUUACCAUCCCAGGAUGUGUUGAAAAAAGACUGGCAAUACUUCACGGUGAGUGAGGAGAACGGGAACCUGUACGUGAACGAGAGGCUGGACCGGGAGGAGAUGUGCGGCGAGUCAGCGACCUGCUCCGUCAGCUUCGAAGUGCUGGUGAACAACCCGCUGAACAUUUUCCACGUUGAAGUGGCGAUCGAGGAUGUGAACGACAACUCCCCGAGCUUCAGCAAGGCUGCUCUGGAUCUCGAGAUCAGUGAAUGGACGCUUCCUGGUGCUCGGUUUCCCCUGGAGAUGGCCCGAGAUGCGGAUGUAGGAAGUAACUCGCUGCUGACUUAUCAGCUCACCGGCAUUCCCUUGUUCUCAUUGUUUAUGCAGGAUAAGCCAGGUGGAAGCAAGCAGCCAGAAUUAGUACUGGAGAGAGGGUUGGACCGUGAGAAGCAGAGCUCCUUUGAGCUAGUGCUAACGGCAGUGGAUGGUGGGGAUCCCGCGAGGUCCGGGACUGUCCAGGUUCGCAUCAACGUGACAGAUGCAAAUGACAACCCGCCCGUGUUCAGCAAACGCCUCUACGAGGCGCGAGUUGCAGAGAAUUUACCAGUGGAGACAGUGGUGCUGCGGGUACGGGCAACGGAUGCUGACGCGGGCUCCAACGGGCGAGUGUCCUACACCUUUGGGAGCAUCCCGGAUGCCGUCAGGGCAUUGUUCGCUAUCGACAGUGACAGUGGGAAAAUUAGAACAGCGGGUCCCCUCGAUUUCGAGGAGAAGAAUAAAUACAUCUUCAGCGUAGAGGCGAGAGACGGCGGGGGGCUCACCGAUCACUGUGAAGUACAAAUCGACAUCACAGACGAGAAUGACAACGCACCGGAGAUCACAAUUCUUUCACUGUCGAGCCCGGUGCCCGAGGACGCUCCGGUCGGCACUGUGGUGGCCCUGCUGAAAGUGAGGGACAGAGACUCCGGUGAGAACGGCCAGGUGUCGUGCGAGCUGUCGGGAGAGGCACCACUGUCGAUCGUGGCGUCGUCGGGCGGCUCGUACAAGGUGGUGACGGCGGGCGCGCUGGACCGAGAGCAGGCGUCCGAGCACCGCGUGACGGUGAUGUGGAUAGGAAACGAACAUGGAAAGGUCAUUUCUCCAUCCCGAGUGAAAAAAGAGAUUGUAGCCCGUUUUGGGGGAGAAUACAUUAGUGGGACUAAUUUGCUUCGCUUAUGUAUCCUGGCUAGCAGAUCGCUCUCUUUGCUGUUCAAGAUCUAUAUUUCGUAG